AUAAGUUUUUCUACUUCUUUACUUUCUUUUUAAUUCUGAAGGAACGUGUAAUGGUGAUACUAUUCAGCUGUGACGGAAAAUACUAACAAUAUAUAUAUUUUCAUUUUAGUUAGCGUGGUACGAAACGAGGUACAAGCCGAUAUUCAUAUGUUUUUUAAGCGGGUGAGACUCGAAAUAUCGGUGUUCGUCUGUUCGGACUUCGGAAACACCGAGUGGUUUUGUAAUGCAAAAAUGGAUAGAAUCGCAGAGCUUGCAGGAGAAGAUGAUACGGAAGAGAGAAACAGGACGUUUGUGUUUGCUGACGAGGGCCACACAUUCGGGAAUGCUUUAAGGAGCAUUAUAGUGAGAUACCCAGAGGUCCUGUUCUGUGGGUACACAAUACCUCAUCCAGCAGAAACAAAGAUGCAUUUCAGGAUUCAAACAAAUGGACCACGAGCUGCUGAUAUUCUGAAAAGGGGCAUUGAGGAUUUGGAAAAGGCAGAAAUGGAAGAGUUUAAAGCACCCUGAAACAAAUUCUUUUACGUUUUUCAGAAGUCAUUGUGUAAUGAGAUACUAUUUAUGGAACCAUAAUUGGUUACAUUUGUAAUGUUUUGUACUAUAAAUUUUAUAUUAUUUUGAAAUAAAAUAUGUUUGAUACUUUA